AUGCGGGAAGAAGACCCUUCCCAAAUGGACAGUGCAGGAAACAGCGAGGAGGAGACAGACCGUCAGCUGCCGAGGAGAGGUGCGAGGAAGCGAAGAGCGACACGGAGGAGUGCGGAUGAGGAAGAGGAGGGCGACACUGAGAGUCCAAGUCCAGGGAAGAAGAAAAGCAGGAAGAGCUGCGAUGCAGGAGGCGGCAGUGUGGGCAGCAGCAGCGGCGGCAGCGAGGGCAGCAGCAGCCCCGCGCCCUCAUUCGAUGACCUGCACACGCAGCGCGUGAUGGCAAACAUUCGCGAGCGGCAACGGACGCAGUCCCUCAACGAGGCUUUCACGUCGUUACGUAAGAUCAUCCCCACCCUGCCGUCGGACAAACUCAGCAAGAUCCAGACGCUGAAACUCGCGGCUCGGUACAUCGACUUCCUGUGCCAAGUUCUGCAGAGCGACGAGUUGGAUGCGCGAGGGACCAGCUGCAGCUACGUGGCGCACGAGCGUUUGAGCUACGCGUUCUCAGUCUGGAGGAUGGGGGGCGCGUGGUCCUUGUCUACAACGUCCCACUAG